AUGUGGAACAUCUGGACUCGUCCUAAGCGGCUUGAGGUGCACGACCGAAGUGGGGUCUUGUAUGCAUAUUUCGGAGACAAGGAUGUUAGGAAUGAUCAAGCACCACGAAGUUCGGGGUCCAGGGGCAUCUAUAUAACCGGGUCAACGAUAAUUGGGGCGGCUGUCAAAGCCCCCAGAAUUCGCACCAAGAACUUAGUCAGCGUUAUAUUUUGUGAAGCCGUGGCCAUUUUCGGCAUCAUCAUGGCUAUUGUCCUCCUCAGCCAGAUCAAUCCCUUCGAUGCAGCCAAGGCUACACCGGCGACACUACGUGCCAAUCACCGGGCAGGGUACGCCAUUUUUGCUGCUGGUUUGACUGUCGGCUUCUGUAAUCUCAUCUGUGGUGUUGCAGUCGGUGUCGUAGGUUCGGGGGCCGCUCUGGCUGAUGCUGUGAACCCAGUCCUGUUCGUGAAGAUCCUCAUUGUGGAAAUUUUCGCCAGUAUCAUUGGCUUGUUUGGCCUGAUUAUUUCAAUCAUGCAGGAUUCUGUGUUUCCGUUUACAUCAAUCGUGUUACGCGUCGAGGAUAUCGAAAUCCAUUCGGCCCAUGUGCGGACCGGUAGUUGGCUGAAUCUCCUAGUGCCUGUCACGCCGUUUAUACGUUUGCCUAAGGCCGAUCAACAAUGA